GAGGGGAACGCGCUCGACCAAUCAAUCAGUGUCCUGUCGAAUGCCGACAGCGAUAGACGUUCACCGUCAGACCUCGCGCGGUUGCAGCCUUGUGUCCGCUACACAUGAGAUUACUUUACGUCUUUGCGUGCAACAAACUGGAUUUGGGGAUAUGCAAAGAACAGACUGGGUUGAUCAGACUUAAAUACAAAUUUGAAUAUAAAAACAGAAACCUACAACAAAUAUUUGCUGAAUAUUCGACGGCUCAAUGGAAAGGAUGUGUGGAUCACGUAAUAAAAAUUGAAAACCAGUACCUUGAAAAAGACCGGAUAGCCGAUCAAAAUGACGAUGACAUGUGCCGACCUUUCAUAAUUCAACUGCCAGAACAAACGUCAUCCGAAUCUUCCUCAGACUCAGAAUCAGAAAAGGAUUCAGAUGAAGAAAUAUGAUUGAAAUUUCAAUCUCCUUUUUAUCUUUACUAAUACUACAUAGAUAUAUUUAAGAAAAAAAUAAGUUAAUGUUUCCUAGAUUUAAACCUCAAAUUGUAAAAAACUAUAUACCUAGUUAUAAUAUAAUAUAUAAUAAUAAUAUAUAGUCCCGUCCGCUGCCUGGUCCGC